CCUCCCCCACUCCCCGUUCCGUCCGGCAGGGAUGGGCCCCCUCGCACCGCGGACGAGCUCGCAACGGAGCCAGCUGCCGCUUCUGCGGGGCAGUCCGCCCGGGCAGCUGCUGUCCCCCUGCCCGCCGCUCGGCGGGCCGGCGCCGGCCGCGGCGCCUCCGUGCCCAGGGCCAGGCUUCCGGGCAGGGGCUGGCCAGCUUCGGCCACGCUCCAGCGGGCGAUCGACCUGGAAGUAGAUCUCCUAGUGGCGAGCAGGGCCGCCCCGCAGAACUCGCCGGCGAAGUCGCAGAGGGCUGGCGGGGGUGAGGAUCCGUGGGGCUCCGAGGACGAGGGCCAAGGCGACUUUCCGAUGCUGGAGCUCGCGACCGCGGGCUCGCGGGCUUCGCGGUGGUCGAUGCUGGCGGCGUUGACGAUGUGAUCGCUGCCGGCCGGGCUAUUUUCCAGGAGAGCUUUUGAAGGAGCGGGUCACCGCGCCUUUCAAGUUCGGGUAGUGGCAAGUCGGCGCGGCUGACUACGCGGGCCUCCACCUAAUGCAGCAUCGAGACCAUGUCACGAGCGAUCAAGAAGAGGACAUCUUUGGGCAACUGAAGGUGCUGCCGCUUGAUUGAUCUCGUCGGGCCCCCCCCGAUUCGCUCCUGAGCCCAUCCGAGGUGGCGCCCAGCAAAGCCGUGGUCGCCCAGGUGCAAUGCUUUGCCGGAGAAUCUGGACCCGACGCGGCUGAAUGCGCGUCUAUCUUGGCCAGUACUAUCCUAAAUUUUGCAUUCCACUCCUCGGAGCGCACUGGGCAUGUGGGACCCGAAUUAUUAUUCCGAGAGGAUGACGAGGAGAGGCGGACGCCUGCCAGCUCUAACCGCGCGUCGGCGCCCGUGCCUGUUGGAACGAGGAUAGAAACAAUCUUCUGCUCCUGCCUGGUGCGCAUCCGCCGCCGCCUCCUCCUCUUUCUGCUGCCGCUGUUCUCGCUGCUGCCGCCCUCCUCUUCCAUUUCACCUCCCCGACUCUCCUACCUUCUUCGCCUGUACUAUUCCUUCUCUCAGGGGAGGCGCGUUUGAGACACCGGUGCGGUAUGUUCGCGC